CUCCUCUGCUACUCUCUUCCAAGAAAUAAACCGGCUCGUGGCUGAUAGCGUCUCCCCGCUUUCGCGAUCAUCCUCUGGAACGGUGGAAGACGAUACACCCGGCUCGCCCUCAGGGCCCAAUUACCACUACGCGCCUCGUGCGUCGCGCUCCCCUUCGGACACGGCCUCCAGCACAGUCGGCCAACCCGUGGGCGCGUAUGUUCCUCCAUACACAUACACCUCAGGGCGAGGGUCAUUUCGGAGCGCUCCCUCCCCCGACGCGUCCUCUAUGCCCCUCAGCGCGCCUAGUGGCCAGGAUCGUUUUCAGAUCCCAGCCUAUUCCUCAUCUUGUGCGGAUUCGCUUGGGGACCGUCCAACGCGGCAUGGGACUUUGCCUAAACUAUCCACAUCCAAUAUCUUUGACCGCCGUUUGUCUGAACCCACAGCCAACUAUGUCUCGUCGACAGAGCGCAUGCAGUCACAAUAUUCUUACCCGGCGUCUCCCCAUUCUCCGCAGUCACCCUUCUCGCGACA